ACCUUUCUUUGUGUAAAAAUCACAGUACACACAAGAUUGUCUCCAAAAAUCAUCUAAGGACACCAACCAGACUUGAGAAGUGUUUGAUAAUCGUUGCUUUUAUUAUGUAAGCUAAUUUUUAUCGAUAAUAAUUCAUUUUAUAAAAUUUAAUUUCCAUGGUAAUUGUGUGAUGAGUGUUUUCGAUUAAAGAUUGAAAAGUUUUUACAAUUAUCUUGACUAUUAAGUGCAUAAAUUAUUGACUUCAUAGCCGAAAGUUGUUUAAUCAUAUAUUUAAACAUAACAAAAAAUGUAUAAUUGUUUACGUUAAAUUUUUCUAUAGAUAAUUGCAUAGUUUUAAUUUUUAAGAUGAAUUUUACCUAAAUGAGAUUUCAAUGAAAUUGUUUAUUAAUAUCAAGAGUAAAAUGGACUAUUGAUUAAUAUUUUUAUUUGCAUUGAUAUAAAAUAUAAUUGUUCAUUAUAUUUAAAAAUAGUCAUAAUAUACAUAUAUAUAAGACUAGAGCAGUGACUUCUGGGUAAUGUAAAACGUGGAAGUCAAAAUGGUAACUUGCCGUUUUUCAUUGACAACACUAUUUUAAGCAAAUGAGUGAGAGAGAUGAAAUAUAGCUGCUUGAAGAGGUGAAGAGUUUGCAAUUUAGAAAGAAUAAGAAAAAGAGAGAUAUUAAAUUAUAUUAUGUUGUAAAGGUAACGUGAAUUUUGCUAUUCCAACAUGUAUUUCGCGCGCGCGCAAUAUCUUAUCAAGAUAAAUUAAUUCAUGCUAAAAUAAUAAUGAAAUUUACAAACAUUGAUAUUUAAACGGAAGUCGAUUUGUAAUUUAAUUUCUGUAUGAUGGGCAUUAAUUUCAUGAAAAUGUUCUUUAAACUUGCUCUUUUCGAACGGAAUUAAAAAUUGUUUUUUGUCUCUAUGAAACGGUCGGGAUUUUGUAAAGAGAUUAAGAUAUAAUAGGAUUGAUAUAAACGAUUUUAUAUUAAAAAGCAAGUAUUGAAAUAUGUUGAUUGUGGAAACAAGGUGGAUGAGAGAAAGAUAGCACUACAUGUAUUGAAAAGUACGUGUGCGCAUGCGCUCGCAUUGCACGAUGGGAGAUGGUAGAGAACAACGAACACGACAGAAUGGCGGCCGAGGAGGGCGAACGAACGAAUGAAUCCACAAAAUGGCGGCGGAGCUUAGGCCCGCGACCAUAUAGUACGUGAAAAUUGGAUAUUUUUGUACGAUGUUAUAAGUUUACAAAUUAAUGAUCGUUGAAUAUUGUGAACGCGUAUAUGAUUGUUCGAUUAAUCAUAAACUCAAAGUUGGAUUGUAAAAAUUAGUGCUGAUAUUUAAGCCUCGGGGUGAGACGCGUAAACUGUGGGGGACGAUGCAGAAAAUUAUCGAAUCCGAGUCUGACAAAGAGUCAGCAUCAGAUUCUGACAAUGAAAGUAAAAGUGAUAGCAGUUCAUCUGCAGGAAGUAAUUCCGGAUCAGAAAGUGAUGAUAGCGACUCCAGUGCCGGUUCUUCGAGUGGAUCUGAUUCAGCAGUUGCAGCAGCAUCUUCAGUACAUUCAGAUUCUGAUAAAUCUGAAAAAUCAGAUGCACCGUCUUCUGCACCACAAAACGAUAGUUACCACCAUCACUUAAGCAAAAAUCACAGCACAGAAACAAAGCAUAAUAGGCAUAAUAAUAGGCACGACUCUAGUAGUCGUGAAUGGGAUGAAAAUCCUGAUAUCUAUGGAAUCAGAAGAUCAGCAAGAUCCAGAAAAGAACCAGAAAGGCUUCGUCAAACAUCAAAUCGUCGUGAAAGUGAUAGUGAUGGCCGUAAAAAAUUACAGAAGAAAAGUUCUCAAAAUUCGUGGAACUCCGAUAGCUCAGAUUCAGAUUCAGAGAAUUUUGAAAAUCGGAGACCACAACCACCCCCUAGUAAAUCCAUUAAUCGUCGUGCAGCUCAAAAAGCUAAAGAAAAUGUACGUUCCAACAGGAGGAAGAGACGUAUAUCUGAAUCAUCUGACAACUCAUCUUUUGAUAGCGAUGAUAAUCGAAGACUUGUAACAAGACGAGCUGGGACGACAGUAAGUUAUAAAGAGCAAAGUGAAGAAGGUACAGACAGUGAAGAUUUGGUGGAAGUUGAUGAAGCCACUAAUACUACAGGCACAUCUCAAUUAGCAGAAUCAGAUAAUGCAGAGACUAUAGAACGUGUUUUAGCUCAGAGAAAAGGGAAAAAAGGUGUAACAGGCAAUAUCACUACUGUUUAUGCUGUUGAAGAAAAUGGUGAUCCUAGUGGUAAUGUUGAAGGUAAUGAAAACGUACCACAGGAGUUGAGUAAUAAUAAAGAUGAAAAUGAAAUACAGUACCUGAUUAAAUGGAAAGGUUGGUCUUAUAUACAUAACACAUGGGAAUCUGAAGAAUCCUUGAAGGCACAGAAAGUGAAGGGUUUAAAAAAAUUAGAAAACUUCAUUAAACGAGAAAAAGAAAUAAAAUAUUGGAGGGAAUAUGCAGGUCCUGAAGAUAUUGAUUAUUUUGAAUGCCAACUAGAGUUACAACAGGAACUACUGAAAAGUUAUAACAAUGUUGAAAGAAUUAUUUCGGAGUACAAGAAACCAGAUUCAGAACAUCCCGAUUAUUAUUGCAAAUGGGAGAGUUUACCAUAUGCAGAAUCAACAUGGGAAGAUGGAGCACUUAUUAUAAAAAAAUGGCCAGAAAAGAUAAAAGAAUUUCGCGAUCGAGAAGAUUCAAAGAGAACGCCUAGUAAGCACUGUAAAGUCUUGAAAAUCCGACCAAAGUUUCAUCAAGUUAAAGAACAGCCAGAGUAUAUGGGUGGAAAUAAUGAAAAAGAGUUAACUUUACGAGAUUAUCAAAUGGACGGAUUGAAUUGGAUGAUUCACUCUUGGUGCAAGGAAAAUAGUGUAAUUUUAGCCGAUGAAAUGGGAUUAGGAAAAACAAUUCAAACUAUAUGCUUCCUAUAUUACUUAUUUUAUACUCAUCAAUUACAUGGGCCAUUUUUAUUAGUUGUACCAUUAUCGACGAUGACUUCCUGGCAAAGAGAAAUAGCACAAUGGGCACCAGACAUCAAUUUUGUCACUUAUUUAGGUGACGUUACUUCUCGUAAUGUUAUACGGGAAUAUGAAUGGUGUUACAGUCAUUCAAAGAGAUUAAAAUUUAAUGCAAUACUAACAACCUAUGAAAUCGUAUUAAAAGAUAAAGCUUUUUUGGGAGUCAUAAAUUGGGCUGUGCUAUUAGUUGAUGAAGCACAUCGUUUAAAAAAUGACGAUUCUCUAUUGUAUAAAGCUCUUACUGAAUUUCAUACAAAUCAUAGACUUCUGAUAACAGGUACGCCAUUACAAAAUAGUUUAAAAGAAUUGUGGGCACUUUUGCAUUUUAUUAUGCCUAAUAAAUUCACAACUUGGGAAGAAUUUGAAAAAGAGCAUGAACAUGCAGCGCAAAAGGGUUAUUCUAAGUUACAUAAACAAUUGGAACCGUUUAUUUUGAGACGCGUAAAAAAAGAUGUAGAAAAAUCAUUGCCAGCUAAAGUGGAACAAAUAUUGCGAGUUGAAAUGACAUCUUUACAAAAGCAGUACUAUAAAUGGAUAUUAACCAAGAAUUACAAUGCUUUGCGCAAAGGUGUUAAAGGAUCAACUAUGUCUUUUAUUAAUAUAGUAAUUGAAUUAAAAAAAUGUUGUAAUCAUGCGUUUUUAACAAGACCAAUGGAAGAAAGAAUGAGAGGAGAAGAUAAUGAAGAAUAUUUAAGGCAAUUAAUACGUGGCUCAGGCAAAUUAGUUCUUCUUGAUAAAUUACUAAUUCGUCUUCGUGAAACAGGUCAUAGAGUAUUAAUUUUCAGUCAGAUGGUUCGAAUGUUAGAUAUUUUAGGUGAAUAUUUACAAAAACGUCAUUUUCCUUUUCAACGUCUUGAUGGAAGUAUUAAAGGAGAAUUAAGAAAACAGGCGUUAGAUCAUUUUAAUGCUGAAGGCUCCACAGAUUUUUGCUUCCUUCUAUCAACACGUGCUGGUGGACUUGGUAUUAAUUUAGCUACCGCUGAUACUGUAAUAAUUUUCGACUCAGAUUGGAAUCCUCAAAAUGACCUACAAGCACAAGCAAGAGCACAUCGUAUUGGACAAAAAAAUCAAGUUAACAUUUAUCGGCUGGUUACGAAAAAUUCUGUUGAAGAAGAAAUUGUUGAACGAGCAAAACAAAAGAUGGUAUUGGAUCAUCUUGUUAUACAACGGAUGGAUACGACUGGUCGUACAGUUUUAGACAAAAAAGCAUCGGGCAAUAACAGUAAUCCAUUUAAUAAAGAAGAUCUUAAUGCCAUUUUGAAAUUUGGCGCUGAAGAAUUGUUUAAAGACGAUAAAGAAGAAGGUGAUGAAGAACCUACAUGCGAUAUUGAUGAAAUAUUAAGACGUGCUGAAACACGUGAUGAAGCACCUGCAACGGUAGGUGACGAAUUAUUAUCAGCAUUUAAAGUAGCUAGUUUUGCUGCAUUUGACGAAGCAGAAUCAGAGCCUAAUCUUGCCAUUCAAUCUAAUGAAAACGAUGAUGAAAGUAACAAAGAUUGGGCUGAAAUAAUACCUGAAAAUUUCCGCAAAAAAGUUGAAGAAGAAGAAAAAUCUAAAGAAAUGGAAGAUCUUUAUCUACCCCCACGAAGUCGAAAGACUCUCCAGCAAAUAAAUGCAGCUCAACAAGAAGAAAGAAGGAAAGAACGGCGAAGAAAACGGAGAAAAGUUCAAACUGAUGAUAGUGAUGAUGCUGGAGGUGGUGAAGAUGAUUCAGGUGAUAGUGAAGAUGAUGAUGAUGAUGAAGAUGGAGAUGGUACUGAUGAUGAACAGCAGCGACCAAAAAAGAGAGGUAGACCGAGAAUGUUACCUCGAGAAUCAAUUAAGAGUUUUACUGACAAUGAGAUUCGAAGAUUUAUUAAGAGCUAUAAGAAAUUCCCUGCUCCUUUAAAACGACUUGAUGCUAUUGCUACUGAUGCUGAAUUACAAGAAAAGCCAAUGGCUGAAUUACGAUAUUUGGGAGAACAAUUGAAAUCUAGGUGUGAUAUUUGUAUUACAGAAUUUGAAAAUACUGCUAAAGAGAAUAAAAUAACAGCUGAAGAAGAGGUAAAGAAGAAAGAAGGUAGCAAUAAGGGACGUAAACGAGGUAGAGGUCCAACAUUUAAAUUAGCAGGUGUAAUAGUGAAUGCCAAGUCAUUAUCAGCUGCUGAAAAAGAGCUUGAACCAUUAGAUCAAAUUCUUCCAUCAGAUCCAGAACAACGAUCAACAUGGCAUCUUGACAUUAAAUUAAAGCCAGCAAACUUUGACUGUGACUGGAAUUUGGAAGAUGAUUCACGACUCUUGCGUGGAAUAUAUACUCAUGGAAUGGGUUCUUGGGAAACUAUUAAAAUGGACGCUAGUCUGAAACUUGGAGAUAAAAUACUUUCACAAGACGAAACAAAGCCUCAAGUUAAACAGCUUAAUGCUCGAGCAGAAUAUCUUUUGAAAAUAUUGAAAAGACAAAUUGACUCGAAACAGGGUGUAACCAGAAUGAGAAAGCCACGGAAGCCUAAAGAAAUCAAGACAGCAAUUACGAAAGAGAUAAUUGAUGAUAAUGAUAAUACUUCAGGAGAAGAAAAUAAAAAACCGAAAUUCAAAAUCGAUAAACAUUCAGUAUCAUCGACUACAACAGCACAUAAAAAGGAAGAAGUUGAUAGUGGUAGUGCUAUAAGUGGAAAGAAAGAGGUAAAAGAAGAAGGCAGUGGAAGUAGUGGAGUCACGGCAGUCGUUAAUGCAGAAGAUAAUAAAAAGAAAGAGAAAAAAUUAAAAAAGGAGAAAAAGGAAAGUAAUAAGAAAAAUAAAAAGAAUAAUAAACAGGCAGAUGUACCGAUGCAUUAUACAGCAAAUAGUGAACCACGAGCUCUUGAUGUCCUUGGAGACUUAGAUCCUUCUAUAUUCAAUGAAUGUAAAGAAAAAAUGCGACCUGUCAAGAAAGCUUUGAAAGCUCUUGACAGGCCCGACCAAACAUUGAGUGAAGCCGAACAAGUUGCUCACACUCGACAAUGUCUUGUACAAAUAGGCAAUCAAAUCAAUACUUGCUUGUCUGAGUACAAAGAUCCAGAGAAAAUAAAAGAAUGGCGCAGUAACUUAUGGUAUUUUGUUUCUAAAUUUACCGAGUUUGAUGCUAAAAAACUUUAUAAGAUUUAUAAACAUGCUAUGCGUACGAAAAAUAGUGGUGAAGAUGGUAAUAGUAUUAGCAUGACUGCAUUUUCCAGUCCAGAGAAAAAAGAAGAAUCCAACAAACAUCAACAGAGGCAUUCAGAUAAAUCACAUGAUAAACAUUAUUAUUCAAUGGAUGUUAAUAGUAGUACAAGUAGUGGAAAAGAUCCUCGCUCAUCAAGUAAACGUAGAUUAGACGAUAGUGAAGAAAAUUCUAAUAGUAGUAUACCACCUAUGAAAAAACAUUUGGUAGCAAAUAGUAGUGCUACUAAUAACAGCGGCGGCGGUGGAAUGUCGGGAGCUAAUAUGGGAAUGAUGAAUAUGACAACACCACUUGGAUCAUCACUCAAUUCAACAAUGAACAGUAGUGAUAUGUCAAGCAGACAUCAUAAAGAACCAAAGGAUAAACAUAAUAAAGAUGUCAAACGUGACAGAGAAAGAGAUCGUGAUCGAGAUCGAGAUAGAAUUCAUGACAGAAAUAUGGAUCGACUUAUGAGUAGUGCAAAAGAUGAGAGGAUUAGAAGGGAUAGUGGUGGAUAUGGUAUUGGUGGACACUACAGUGGACAAAGUCGAGAUGAUGAUCACUGGAUACCGUCCCGAGAUGUUAGAGACAUGCGUGACAAUAGAUUUAGUGAUCACAAACGAGACAGAUUUGACUCCUAUGGACGGAUACCUGGUGGUGGAUAUCAUCGAGAUCGAGAGCGAGACAGAGAUAGGGAUAGAGAUCGAGACCGAGAUCGUGGCAUGCACUUGAAUAAUGACAGCAACAAAAGAGGUGAUUACUAUAGAUAUCCCCCACCAGGUCCACCAGGUGGUGGACACUACGGUUACGGUGGUCCAGGUGGCUAUGGUGGAGGUGGAAACGGAGGUCCUGGAAGUUAUUUAUCAGGAGAUAUUCCACCGAGUCAUUUUCGAAGUGGAGGCAGUAGAGGCUAUCUUGGUGAUGGCGGAUAUCCGAGUGAUUGGAGGCCAAAUAAAGACUACAGACGAGAAUAUGAUCGGAGGCCACCACCGCCUCCAAAUGCCAAUUCCUAGUGAAUUUUAAUUUGCCAUCGUCCUUGAGUGUGUUGA